CCCCUCCAGCUCCCCCUCCACCCUGUUCGCUGGGAUUGACAGGACGCCUGCAGCAGCAGCACCCCACAAGACGAAAGAAAAAAUAGUAAUAUUCGGGCGAAACUUGGAGGAUUUCGAGGGCUGGGAGGGGAAAGAAAGCGUUACAAAAAUAUAUAGACAUUAAAAUAUAUAGAUAAAUCUGCACCUUCAACCUUUGGCUCGCCGUUCCACCCUCACGUGCGCGGCUGCUCCAGAUUUUGCUCGCGCCUGUGUGCUGACCGGAGCGCGCGCUCUCUCUCGCACAACCAGUGUGUUCUGCCGAGCAACGACCGAACCCGGUACGGACCGACAGCCUUUGACCAGAGAGGAUGGCAGAUAGGGAACAACUGAUCCAAAGAGCCCGUCUGGCGGAGCAGGCGGAGCGCUAUGAUGACAUGGCCUCUGCGAUGAAGCUGGUCACGGAGUUGAACGAGCCGUUGUCCAAUGAAGACCGCAACCUGCUCUCGGUGGCCUACAAGAACGUGGUCGGGGCCCGGCGGUCAUCUUGGCGCGUAAUAUCCAGCAUAGAGCAGAAGACGGCUGCGGAUGGCAAUGAGAAGAAGUUGGAACUGGUGCGUGUCUACCGAGAGACCGUCGAGAAGGAGCUGGAGUCAGUGUGCCAAGACGUUCUCACCCUGCUGGACCAGUACCUCAUCAAGAACUGUGACGAAACCCAGCUAGAGAGCAAGGUCUUCUACCUGAAGAUGAAGGGCGACUACUACCGGUACCUGGCCGAGGUGGCCACCGGCGAAAAGAGGGCCUCUGCCGUCGAAUCGUCCGAAGGCGCCUACAAAGAGGCUUUCGAUAUUAGCAAGGGCAUGCCGGCCACCCAUCCCAUCCGCCUGGGCCUGGCACUCAACUUUUCCGUCUUCUACUACGAGAUCCAAAACGCACCCGAGCAGGCCUGCCAGCUUGCCAAGGAAGCCUUCGAUGACGCCAUCGGCCACCUGGACAAUCUGAACGAGGACUCCUAUAAGGACUCCACGCUCAUCAUGCAGCUCCUGCGGGACAACCUCACCCUGUGGACCAGCGACCAGCAGGACAGCGAAGGAGGGGAAGCCAAUAACUGAGAGAUCAGCCAUGUCCGCUCUCACUUCUAGCUGUAGUAGCACCCGUCUGUCCCUUCUGCAGUCUUUUUUGAUUCUAUCUUAUUUCUCUCUGUCUGCUCCUUCAUUCUCUCCCUUUCUUCUCCAUUGCAUCUUCCUCGUCUCUUUGUGACACCUCCCUGCUCUUCUUUGGUUCCUCAGGGCAGCACUUCUGACCCUUCAUCGCUCCUUCACCUGUUUUACCCCUUUUCCGCCAACAGGAGGCCGGUACCCAAUCUGGAA